AUGGGGUUGAUAGGAUUAUGGAAUGUAAAGCGACGAGCUCAGAGAGCAGUUAACAAAUUUGAAUUCGUGGUUGAUAAUAUCAGAAGAGAUAGAUCCGGUCAGAAUCGUGUUUUGAAAAAGUGUGAACGAGUGAAAAAGUGGUUAUCAUGGCUGUAUCCUCCAUGGAAAAAAGAUAAAGGGGAUGGAAUUUAUGAUCAGUUGUUUGAAAAUGGUACAAGAGCAAACUCAAUCGUCAUCUUGUUCCGGAACAUCAUCAUGUUUGAAACAUUCGGAAUCGUGAUGUACUUUCUUCUAUCUUUCAAAUAUUCACAGUAUCCCGAAUUCAUUGGCACAUCAAUCUCUACAAUCAUUCAUGUUUUUCUGAUGUUCACAUUAAUUUUUCCAAAACUGAUGACCUAUUUUAUGAUCUCAAUACACGUUAUGAUGACCACAAAAGUCAAGAACAUCAUUCUGAUACUUCUGGUGACGAUGGCUUUUGAGGGUCCAGCAAUGAACGUCAUCGGCAACAUCCAUCAGGUGGCAUCUGGAGUUGCUUGUGUUCAAAUUGAUGUAAUGAGUUCUCGAAAUGAUGUUGAAGGAAAUGUGAUGGAUAAAGGAGCAAUGCUAGUGUCCCGAUUCCGAGCACUACUGAAAAAUGUUUCUGGUCCGAUGAACAAAGUUAAAAAUAUGUUAUUAGUGUUGGAUGAGAAAAUGACGAAAUUUGUAGACAUAAUGAGAAGACACUACCGAGUUAUAGCCAGUCUGUCCAACCAGUGCCGGAAUAUGUUGCAAACACCGUAUACAAAAUGUCUCAACAUUUUUGAUGACGCAUAUUUUUAUUGCAAAGAGAAAGCCAGGUUUUUUGGAAGCCAUGGAGAUGCUUGUGACGUCAUUCAGAAAACGGCAAAGAUUUGCCACCAAGCCAAGGGAUUCUCCACAGAAGUGUGUUCUCUGCCUGCAAUCAUUGGAAAAGGAGUCAAAGGAGCAGCUGUUCCGUUUUAUUCGGCAUAUUUCCAAGCAAUUGAAUUUGCUGUGAAGAAGAUUUUCUAUGUUCAUAUUGAAGCCGCAAAAUGGGCAUUGAAAAAAGUGAAUCCAGUGAUUGAAGAAAUCAAAAAGGCUAAAACGAUCAGAGCAGAAUAUCAAUCUUCUGAUGAUAAACCAAAUGCGGCAGACGAUACAACAGCUAAUUUGAGAGCCAGUGUUAAGAAUAGUCUGAUGAGUAUUGUGAAUUUCUACAUCAGAAUCAUCAAUGUGAUAUCAUUUAUUCUCCGCUACUGUAUCAUGCCGUUUUUCCUCAUUUGGCCAUUCAUUUACACCCUUCGUUUCAUGUACAACUACAGUUACAGCGAUGACUAUAAGAAUCGCUUCUUAACGGAAGAAUUCUAUAAAAUCGACAGGGAUUGUGCAUUUCGUGGAGCUAGAAAAGUAAUGCCGCUGACUCCAGAAGAAGGCAAAACGUAUGUCAGUAGAGGUAGAUGGAAAAUGACAGAACAAGAAAAACCACGUUUUCGAUUGGACAUCUUCGUAACCAUUAUCACCUGUUUCACUCCGUUUUUCAUGUGCUUACUGGAUUACGGUGUAUUUACGACUCUCUCUACAGUACACACUUUGAUGAACCGGACCAAUAUUGACACCCCAGCUCACUACGAAUUAAAGGUAGCUGGGAAUAGUUCAAUGUCAGAUGUGAUGAACGAGUUCCUUGACGUCUUCUCGCCAUUCACUCAGAGUAUUCGAGAAAGAGAAAAUCGAUGGAGACGUUGUUUUAGAGAACCAAACCCGCCGAAUUAUGCAGAGAACACACUUAUGUUGUUGAUGUUUAUUGUGGCUCUUUUCCUUUGUCGAUUAAAGGCGUAUUUUGGACGACAAACCCUUGCGUUGGCAGACCAUUUCUACCCGAAUCGGGUUAGAGUUCGUGCUCUUAGCCUGUACAAUAAGAUUCUUCAAAGUAGACGGAAUUUGCUGACUGAGAUGUUGGGAAACAACAAGAAAGAUAUAAUGGGUGGUGAGGACGCAGUGAUCAGAAGAUCAAUGCAAAGUCGUGGUUAUCUGAGUUCGGAUUGUGCAAAAUGCGAUAAAUACGAUAUGAAAAUAACAGAUCAAGAAAACGUUCGUGUUUGUGUUCACUGCAGUGCUUUUUAUUGCAUCAAUUGUUUCAGUCUAACCCUUUUCUGUGUGAAAUGUGACGAAGAAAUGCAGAAUGUCAAUGGAAUAGAGUUGUAUUACGAAGAUUCCCAUGCAAUUCUUGACGAUUCUGAAAGUUUAUCUAGUGAAACAGAUGGUAACGAAACCGUUAAUGAGCAGGAGAUGGUGGAAUCUGCAGACACGAGUUCUGCAGUUGUUGUUUGA